AAAUAGUGAGGUUAGAUUCGUUUGUCAUUUAUUUCCUAACCAAAAAUACUAUGUUAUCUUCGUAUUUUCGAUCAAAUUUAAUCGCAAAUCCCAUUUUGCGCCGAGCGUUUAGUACAACCCCGAUAAAACCUUCGGAAUCGGCCCCAACGAUUUCAGCAGUUUUUCGAAACAUCACCAAAGAUCGAACUAAAGAGGUACCAGUUGAAACGAGCGUGGAGUAUUUAAAAAGUGACGCAUAUAAACAAACUUAUGGGGGUAAACCCGUUUGGGUUCUGUACAGAAGAAAUCAUAAAGGAUCGAUUCCACCUAGACGCACCAGAAGGACUUGUAUUCGCCAGGGGCAAAUAAGCACUGGAAAUCCUUGCCCAAUAUGCAGAGAUGAGUAUUUGGUUCUUAACGAAACCAACAUCGAAUUAUUGAAUCAAUUUAUUUGUCCGCAUACGCAAGUUGUUUUAGACACAUCAAAAACGGGUUUGUGCAGAAAAUCUCAUCAACAAUUAUUAGUUGCUAUUGAUAGAGCUAGAGAUAAAGGGUUGAUAACGUUUGAUGUACCUUUUCGUAAAUACAAUUAUUCAGAGUAUAAGUAAUAAUGGAAGCUACUUUUGUAAUU